AACGACGUCGUUAGUAAACUUUUGAAACUGAAAGAGAUAACGCAUACAUAACGACAACACAUCAGAAACGAGAAUUGAACCCAACAACAGUUACAGCAAACAACUAUGGCGACGGCGGAUUCCGACGGUACCACACCGCCUCACGUUCCGGAUGCUUCCGACUCCGUUCCGGAUUCUUCCAACGCCAUCAUUCCCGGUCCUACUGCCGUUUGUCUAUCCCGUUUCGCCGAGAAUUCCUUCCAAGGCGCUUUAAUGGGUUCCGUUUUUGGAUUCGGUGCUGGAUUGUUUAACAAGAAAGGUUUUAAAGCAUCCUUUGUAGACGCGGGAUCUUAUGCAAAGACAUUUGCAGUUUUGUCUGGAGUUCAUAGUCUGGUUGCUUGCCUCUUGAAAAGACUUCGAGGAAAGGAUGAUGCCAUUAACGCUGGAGUAGCUGGAUGUUGCACUGGACUUGCUCUAAGCUUUCCUGGUGCACCACAAGCUCUUUUGCAGAGCUGCCUCACUUUUGGAGCAUUUUCUUUUAUCGCGGAAGGGCUAAACAAAAGGCAAGCAGCACUUGCACUUCCUAUGUCCUGGAAAACAAGGGUGCAAUAUGAAGCACGACUUCCCCCGGUACUCCCCCUUCAAUUCCCCCUUCCAAAUGAAGUGAAAGAAGCUUUCUCCUCUUUCUCAGAGUAUCUAAAAAAGCGCAGCAAGGGAGCUUAUCCUACAUCCCGAUAAAACAUCUCAGUAUCAUGACCUCUUGCACCGUGUAGAUAAGAUAUGCACCCUUCUUCGCUUUUAUUUAGGUUUUUUGCAGUUUUUAUUGGUAUUUCUUUUUGAAGAACUUGAGGUUGAGUAGACAUCGGUGUCCAAGAAAAUGUGUCGUCGACAUAUGCUAUUUUGUUCCGAUUUAGCAUCUCGGUUGUUCUCUAUCAUGGAUUUUCUUGGCGAAUCGUUGCAACUCGAGAGGACUAUCUGUAAUGAAUGAUUGAGCUUGAUUAAUUAAUUUGCUUGCUAGUAGAAA